CGCGGGGGCCCGGGGCGGCCAACAUGGAGCCCGUUCCCCUGGAGGGGGGGCUCGUUUAAAGACCAGACCCUGCUCCCCGAACCCCCUCCACGGGACUGGGGGGGUCCUGAGCACGCCGGCUUCAAUCUCCGGGAAGUGGGGGUGGCAAGGAAACUUUUCUGCCUUUGGACACGUCUGACUUCUGUACGAACCCUGGAUAGCCCAAGCAUGUCGGACAGUGACCUGGGUGAGGAAGAAGGGCUGACCUCCCUGGACCUGACCCAGGCCGGCAAGAGGAAGAGGAGGGGAAACCUCCCAAAGGAGUCUGUGAAGAUUCUCCGAGAUUGGCUGUAUGAGCACCGCUUCAAUGCCUACCCCUCAGAACAGGAAAAGCUGAGCCUUUCUGGGCAGACCAGUCUGUCUGUGCUGCAGAUUUGCAAUUGGUUCAUCAACGCAAGGCGGCGGCUACUUCCAGAUAUGCUGAGGAAGGAUGGCAAGGACCCCAACCGUUACACCAUUUCCCGCCGUGGUGGCAAAGCAUUGGAUGUGGCUGUGCCACGGGGUUCAAGUCCCAACCUGAUGACCCCAGGGUCCACUCCAACCCCCUCCAAAGUGCUAUCACUGUCUGUCUGCUCCUCUCCUCUUUGCUCCUCUGCAUCCCCAGUGGGGGCUCACCUCUCUGGCCCUGGGGCUGAGAAUGAAAGUUCACCACCCCCUUCUUCGGUCAGUGGGGAGCCACAGCCUGUCUCAGGCCCUGGUAGCACACUUACCCUGCUGGCCAGAGCACAAGCUGGAAGCCCAACCAGUGGACUGUUUAAUACACCACCCCCUACACCCCCAGAGCACUAUGGAGAGGACUUUAGCAGCUUUCAAUUGCUAGUGGAGGUGGCCCUACAGAAAGCUGCUGAGCUUGAGUCACAGAAAAAAGAUGUGUUUCCUCCUUCAUGGCAUGCUGAGCUCCCUUUGGUAGCCACUAACCCUAAGUAAUCCUUGAAGGGGCCUUCAGGACUUGGUUGGAGAUAUUGCUCCUCUGCCUGUUUUGUUUUUUUACCAUUGUUCAUUGUGUUGUUUUGGGGCCUUUUCUUUUACCUUUGGGGUCUCUGCUGUCUGUGGGAUGCCCCUCUCUAUCCAGACAGGUUCUCCCAGUGGGAACACUUAGAUGUUUCAUGCAGUGACCCAGAUCUCCUCUUGUCUCUCACCUGCUCUACUCUCAACACUGGGGUUAUUUGCAGUCUAGGAGAAGUUGGACCAAGAAAUCUGAGAUACAUGUCGAGGUCAUCUCCUGCACCUCUGGUUCUGGGAACGUGAUGCUCCGAUCUCCAAGAAUUCCUACUUUGUCAUCUGUUCUGCCCUUGGGCACCCUACUGACUGCUCCAGCCUAAUUUCUCCUUAAAUCCAUUCCACCGUGUACAGGGCCUGGGAUUAUUCCUGGCCCCUUUUUCAUCUCUACUGACUAAGGUCUAGUGAACUGGCAAGACUAAAGACAUACAAAAAAGGGAAAACACUACCUUGGGGACCAGUGACCAGGGUCAGAGAAAAAAAAAGUUUCCAAAGGGUUUUUUUGGUUUGUUUUGAAGAAAAUACCUUGUUAAGUGUUCUUUUUGUUUGGGUUUUUUUGCUCCUGUGUCCUGUGGUUUUGCUGAAUGAAACAAAGGGUAAAAAAGACCUAGCAGACAGAAACCAGGCAGCUGGAGUAAUCCAAAUGACAUGGGGCUGUGGAACUGGUGAAUAUUAUGUAGCCAUACUUCUUGGCAAGAAGAGAUAAAGGAUCUCUUGAGAUGGGGGGGCUUAAAAAAAUUUUUUUUAAUAUAAUACCGUGACUUUUAAGGUAGUCAUUGUCCUGGAAACUUGGGCUAAAGUGUAAUGUGUUGCCACCACCAUCACCCUCCCCCCCCCCCCCCAAAUCUGGGCCAUCUAGUGGUUGGUCUGGUUACUAUUUCCUAAUGCUUCCUUUUGAAUCCAGUUUGGUCAGCUUCUUCCACACCCCCAGUGCAGUUCUGGCUGGUCAGGUCAUGGGACUGGGGGAGCAGGAGGCUGGGCAGAAAAUGGAGGUUAAGUUUGGAAAUUAUAUCUGGUAGAGUGGUUACAGAUAAGUUGCACCUUUUCUUCCUCUGAAUUUUAGCUGCAGGGGCUUUGGCCUUCUGAGCACCUCUGAAAUAGGUCACUGUUAGUCUUACUGAUUUCUUCCCCCUCCUCCCUUCCCCCCAUUUUGAUUUUGUUUUAAAAUAUUGCUAUUUCAUGGUUUACUAUGUUAAAUAGCAAUAGGUACCAGCUUAUAUGUAUCGAAAACACUAAUCCUAGGUUUAGACUGAGUAUUCUUUUGUAUGAAUAAUAUUAAUGUCAGUAGAAGAAGUUGAGAGGGAGCAUUCCUCAGCCCACUGUACCUUAGAUAGGUGGGAUGGAUGGGGUGAUGCUUGUGUGGAGUGAGACAUUAAGGAUCAGGUAGGGAAGAGACUUGCAGAGAUCCCCUGUUUCCCCUACUUCUUGAGCCAGACCUCCCCCUCCCAUCCCCCCAUCCAUUCCUUGUCUCUUUCCCAAACCCAGUUUCUAGCUUGGCUCUGAUUUCCCUAAGCCUGGAUUAAGUUUAAAAUAAGAUCACAGAACUCCAGUGCUGGAGCCACUGAGAAAGACUGUUGGGAAGGGGAGAGGGAAAAUGGCUUCCACAGUGCACUAUGCAAUGGGGGUGGGAGUCAUGCUGGACCCUGUUAGUCAUCUCUUAGGAUGAUGGGGGAAAAGCUGUGGUUGGGUGACUGUAUCUAGGUUUGAUUAUAUGUCUAAAGUGUGAGGGAGAGAAACAGUCCUCCAAUUGAACUGAGCAAAAAACAAAAAAACAAAAACCUACUGUAAAUACUUGUUGGAAAUUUUUUUGUCAAA